UGGGGGAGCCGCGAUGUGAAGCUCGAGCGCGGCCCGGCAGGGCAGGAGGCAGCGGCGCCCCGGGAAUGUGCGUCUGGGACGCGGCAAAAGAAGCUUCAGUAUGAGGCGGGGUGGAUGGCGGAAACGGGCUGCCGAGGGCGAUGGCUGGGGAAUAUGGGGUGGAUACAUGUCAGCAAAGGUUAAGAAACUGGAGGAUCAGUUCCGGUCAGAUUCAGCCAUACAGCACCAGAGGGAUGGAAAUUCAUCUACUAUUUUUAGUGGAGUUGCAAUCUAUGUCAAUGGCUUUACAGAUCCCUCAGCUGAUGAAUUAAGACGGCUAAUGAUGUUGCAUGGAGGCCAAUACCAUGUGUAUUAUUCCAGAUCAAAAACAACUCACAUCAUUGCCACAAAUCUUCCAAAUGCCAAAAUAAAAGAAUUGAAAGGAGAAAAAGUAGUUCGUCCAGAAUGGAUCAUGGAAAGCAUUAAAGCUGGACGUCUCCUCUCGCACAUUCCAUAUCAGCUUUACACCAAGCAGUCAAGUGUUCAAAAAGGUCUCAACUUCAAUAGCGUAUGCAAACCUGAAGAUGCCAUGCCAGGUCCAAGCAAUGUAGCUAAAGAUCUCAACAGGGUAAAUCAUAUUAAAAAGUUCGAGAUGGAAAAUGAGACCACACCCAAUGGAAUAAGUAGCUGGAAUGAAGAAGAGGAGGAAGAAAGUGACAAUUUCGGAUUUACAGAGCUGGAUCAGAUCCUUCCUGGACGAAAACAAAAUGGGAUUCAGUCUCACAAAGACAGCACUGCCAUUUUUAACGGACACACUCACGCUUCUACCAGUGCCUUAAAGACGCAGGAUUGCUCGUUGCCCUCUGGCAACUGUGUUGCAAGUAGGUUCUCUCCAGGGCUUGUGCAGGAGGAGGGGAAGACUGAGAAAGGCAUGGCUGACUUCAGAGACUGCACAACACAGCAGUUGCAGCAGAGCAACAAAAAUACAGACUUCUAUUGGAAUCCACAUAGGACUAUGAGUAUUUCAUCCUCAUCUUCAUCUUUGCACAGUAAUGCUAAAAUAAAUGGUGCUCACCACUCCACUGUUCAGGGGCCUUCAAGCACAAAAAGCACUUCUGUACCUACUCCUAGCAAGGCAGCUUCCUUACCUAUGUCCAAACCUUCAGAUUGUAGUUUUAUUUCUGAAUUUUAUUCACAUUCAAGACUGCAUCAUAUAUCAACGUGGAAGUGUGAAUUGACAGAAUUUGUCAACAGCCUACAGAGAAAAAACAGCGGUGUCUUCCCAGGAAGGGAAAAAUUAAAAAAAUGGAAAGCAGGCAGGUCUGCACUUAAAACUGACACAGGUAAUGUGUCUGUUCCAAGCUCAGCCAAGCCACAGAGCUGUAUAAUGCACGUGGAUAUGGAUUGCUUCUUUGUGUCUGUGGCUAUCCGAAAUAGACCAGAUCUCAAAGGAAAACCAGUGGCUGUUACUAGUAACAGAGGUGCAGGAAAAGCACCACUACGCCCUGGUGCAAACCCCAGACUCGAACAGCAAUAUUACCACAAUAAACUAUUGAAUGGCAAAGCAGCAGAAAUUAGAGUACCUGGUAAACUGGACUCGUCAUUCUGGGAGCAUCCAGAUUCCACACAUGUGAAUGGAGCUGACUUUGACCUCACUGUUCUGUCCAUGGCUGAAAUAGCUUCUUGUAGUUAUGAAGCCAGACAAGUCGGCAUAAAGAAUGGAAUGUUUUUUGGCCAAGCAAAAAAAUUAUGUCCAAAUCUCCAAGCAGUUUCAUAUGAUUUUGAUGCUUACAAAGAAGUUGCACGGACAGUGUACGAAAUAUUAGCAAGCUAUACUCAUAACAUCGAAGCAGUCAGUUGUGAUGAAGCACUAGUAGAUAUCACUGAAAUCCUUACAGAGACCAGACUGACUCCUGAUGAACUUGCAAAUGCUAUCCGCACUGAAAUCAAAGCCCAGACUAAAUGCACAGCUUCUAUUGGGAUGGGUUCUAAUAUUCUGCUGGCCAGAAUGGCAACUCGUAAAGCUAAACCGGAUGGACACUAUCACUUAAAACCUGAAGAAGUGGAUGAUUUUAUCAGAGGUCAACUUGUUACCAGUCUUCCAGGAGUUGGCAGGACGAUGGAAUCCAAGCUGGCUUCUUUGGGAAUUAAAACCUGUGGAGAUCUGCAGUGUACUUCAAUGUCAAAACUGCAAAAAGAAUUUGGUCCAAAAACAGGACAAAUGCUCUACAGAUUCUGUCGUGGGUUGGAUGAUCGACCUGUUCGUACAGAAAAAGAAAGAAAAUCAGUUUCAGCUGAAAUCAACUAUGGAAUAAGGUUUACACAGCCUAAGGAAGCAGAAGCUUUCCUUCUGAGCCUCUCAGAAGAAAUCCAGCGUCGACUUGAAGCUGCUGGUAUGAAGGGUAAACGAUUGACCCUUAAAAUCAUGGUCAGAAAAGCAGGGGCGCCAGUCGAGCCUGCAAAAUAUGGAGGUCAUGGAAUUUGUGAUAAUAUUGCCAGGACUGUGACUCUAGACCAUGCAACUGACAGUGCAAAAGUGAUUGGGAAAGAAACUCUAAACAUGUUUCACACAAUGAAACUGAACAUAUCGGAUAUGAGAGGGGUUGGAAUUCAGGUGCAGCAGUUAGUUCCCAUCAGUAAAACCAAUUCAGCUCACUCGACGGUACAGUCUGGACACUUACCUGGUGGAUCACAUUCAGUUAUUGAUCUUUUUCAUGUUCAGAAAGCCAAAAAGUGCUCAGAAGAAGAACGUAAGGAAGUAUUUGUGGCUGCUAUGGACCUUGAAAUAUCUUCUGAUUCAAGAACUUGCACUUUUCUUCCAUCUCGUGGUACCCAUCUCACAUCUGGUCUCAAUUCCAAUGUUAACAACACUGAGUCUGCUCUCAAAUGGAAUGGUGUACAUUCUCCUAUCAGUGUAAAAUCCAGGCUUAAUUUGAGUAUUGAGGUUCCAUCUGCUUCUCAGCUAGAUAAAUCUGUGCUAGAAGCUCUGCCGCCUGAUCUCCGAGAACAAGUAGAGCAAAUAUGCACCAUUCAGCAAGGAGGAGAGAGUUACGGAGACAGCAGAAAAGAGCCAAUAAAUGGAUGUAACACAGCACUUCUGUCACAACAAGUUGGAACGGUGCUUUUACAGAUACCAGAGCUUCAAGAACCAAAUACCAAUAUGGGAAUUAAUGUAAUAGCCCUGCCAGCUUUCUCACAGGUGGAUCCUGAGGUUUUUGCUGCACUACCUGCUGAACUGCAAGCAGAGCUGAGAGAUGCAUAUGAUCAAAGGCAAAAGCAACCAGAGCAGCAACCUGCUAACACUUUUGUGUCAAAAAAUCCUUUCCUACACCUGAAGCAUGCAACAGUGAAAAAUAAGAAAAAAAACAGGAAAAAACCUGCAGCUAGUCCUGUAAAAAAGAAUCAGAGUCCGCUGAAAAGCAAACUCAUUGGUAGCCCUGCAAAAAUCUUGCCAGCUACAUCUGGAAGCCCACAGAAGCUGAUAGAUGGUUUCUUGAAACAAGAAGGAACAGCCGCCCAGUCAGAAGCAGUUCCAUCAACUUCAGGACCAUCAGCUCUGCAAACUGAACAACAGCCUGGUUCAUACAGGCCACAAGCACCCAACCUAGCUGGAGCUGUUGAAUUCAGUGAUGUAAAGUCGUUGUUGAAAGAGUGGAUUACAACUAUUUCAGAUCCCAUGGAAGAAGACAUUCUACAGGUUGUGAAGUAUUGUACUGAUUUGAUAGAAGAAAAAGAUUUAGAGAAGUUGGAUCUGGUUGUUAAGUACAUGAAAAGGUUAAUGCAGUCGUCUGUGGAAUCAGUUUGGAAUAUGGCAUUUGACUUCAUUCUUGACAACGUUCAGGUAGUUUUACAACAAACAUACGGAAGCACACUAAAAGUUAUCUGAACUUGUAGUAAAGAGCUUGGUGAGAGCCUGGAGCUCUCUGCUAGCUGUGCCAUAAGUGCUUGUGAGGUAUUUGCAAAGUGCAUGAUAGUAAUGCCCUGAGUUUUUAUAAUUUCAGAUUUCUUUUUAAACAACAAAGUGUUUUGUACAUUUCUUUUCAGAAAGUGCCAAAUUUGUCAGUAUUGCAUGUAAAUAAUUGUGUUAAAAUUCUUUUAUUGUAGUAUAGAAUCUAUUUACAAAAUGUUUGUUUAUAAAGUUUUAUGGAUUUUUACAGUGAAGUGUUUACAGUUGUUUAAUAAAGAACUGUAUGUA